AGGCAUGCUGGGCUGGAAGGAGGAAGUGCAUUGGGGAGGAGGGGAGGGACCGUGCAUCCCCAGCGCCGCCGCGCCGCCUCGGACUGCGCCACAUGGAGCGGUGCGCGCCUGGAACAGCUUCAUACUGCACCCGAGCCGAGGACUAACAGAGUAUCUGCACAGGAUGGAGACCGAAGAGGCACAGGAAAUGUCCCAAAUAGCAGGGAGGGACAGCCCCACUACUAAUGAGGGAGGAGAAGAGCAAGAAGAGGCCAUGCCUGUCCCAGAGGACCUAUCCACCAGCACAGGUCUCCAGCACAACAAUCGCAAUGACAAACCAACAGCCUGCAAUAUAAAAGUUGAGGCUCGGAGUGAUGAGGAGAACGGGCUGGCCGCUGAGAUGAAUGGCGAGGAAGAGGAGUGUGUGGCCGAGGACUUGCGCAUGCUUGAUGGCUCAGGGGCCAAAGUGAACGGCUCCCACGCAGGCCCAGACAGCAAGCCAGCGCCCACCUACCCUAUGGCCGGGGGCAUCCGCCUCCCCAAUGGGAAGCUCAAGUGUGAUAUCUGUGGAAUAGUUUGCAUUGGGCCCAAUGUGCUGAUGGUGCACAAGCGAAGCCACACUGGUGAAAGGCCCUUCCAGUGCAGUCAGUGUGGUGCCUCCUUCACUCAGAAAGGCAACCUGCUACGCCACAUCAAACUUCACUCUGGAGAGAAACCCUUUAAGUGUCAUCUAUGUAACUAUGCCUGCCGCAGAAGAGAUGCCCUUACCGGACACCUUCGCACACACUCUGUUGGAAAGCCCCACAAGUGUGCGUACUGUGGCCGCAGCUACAAGCAGAGAAGCUCGCUGGAAGAGCACAAAGAGCGAUGCCACAACUACCUGCAGUGCAUGGGCCUUCAGAACAGUAUGUACACAGUGAAGGAAGAGAACAGCCAGUGUGAGCAGAGGGAAGACAUAAACCUGGCUGUGUCUGAGAGAGCUUUGGUGCUAGACAGAAUAGCAAACAAUGUAGCUAAGCGUAAGAGCUCUAUGCCACAGAAGUUUAUAGGUGAGAAGCGCUUUGCUGACCUCUCAUACGAGAACAGCUCAAGUGAGAUGAUGCAGCCAUCAGCAGUCAUUGACCAGGCCAUCAACAGCGCCAUAAGCUACCUGGGAGCUGAGGCACUGCGGCCACUGGUUCAGACUCCACCAGGAUCCACCUGUGACGUGGUUGUCGGCCCCAUCUACAACCUGAAAAACACCCAAUCAGCUGAGACAAAUGGCUUGUCAGCUAAAGAUAGUGCAGCUGAGAACUUGCUCCUUCUUUCUAAGUCUAAAUCUGCAAUGAGUGAGAAAGAUGGCUCACCCAGUCAUAGUGGCCAGGACUCCACUGACACAGAGAGCAACAACGACGAGCGAGCAGCUGGGGUAGGAGGACCGGCAGCAAGUGGGCUCAUCUACCUGACCAAUCAUAUGGCCCCAGGUGCACGAAACGGUGCAUUGCCCCUGGUGAAGGAGGAGCAGAGGCACUAUGACUCUCUGCGGGGGGUGGGAAUGGAGCUGGGCAUGUCAGUGGCUACAGAGGGCUUUAAAGUGCUAAGUGCCGAGGGUGAGGAAGUAAGGGCGUAUCGCUGCGUCCACUGCAGGGUGCUCUUCCUGGACCAUGUCAUGUAUACCAUUCAUAUGGGAUGCCAUGGCUUCCGAGACCCCUUCGAAUGCAACCUAUGUGGCUACCGCAGUCAGGACCGCUACGAGUUCUCCUCACACAUCACACGUGGAGAACACCGCUACUGAGCACAAAUACACAGACCCACACACCCCUAAUUCAUAUAGAUAAACCAGCAUACCAACACAGAUACACAGUCAUCAAAAAUACACACAUGUAAAAUUGUUUUUUAAUGCAUUGUCUGAAUACUGUGUGCAUGCUGAAAAGUUCAAAAUAUUAAUUUAAUAUACACUGAUUAAUGUAGACAGAUGUAAAUAUUGUUCAUUACCAUGUCUAUUUUUCUAAAAUUGUUUGAGUUACUGAAGAAGAAAAAAAGCCGUACUGAACAAUGGAAUUGAAAUUGCGGUGAGACAGUAAAAUGUUUUCAUGAAAAAUCUCAUUUUUUUUGGAUCCUUUUCUUUUUGGCUUUUUUGGAGCAAAAACUAAAUCCGUUUUGGGAACAGCAUUCAGUUUAUUUAAAAGAGUCAAUUCUAUCUUGAAAAAAGCAACUUUUCAGGAGAAUACGCAAUCUUUUGUGUUUCUCACUGCAAUAUUGUUAAUGAAUUAGUACUCACCUAUUCUAUUUGUGUAUGUAAAUUGUCAAAAACAUUAAAAUACAACUACAAGUGUUACAUGUUAGAGUAAAGAUAUAUGGCAAUGACGAUUGUAUCCACUACCAAUCAAAAGUUUAGACACACUAGUUUGAAUAUCAUUUUUGUUAUUGUUUCAAAGAUCGUUUGAUGGACUUAUUCAAUCCUGUUUCUAGGACAAAGGUAAAUAAUGAAGGUAAUGAACAUGUACAAUGUAUUAUAUUUAAUAAGCCAUUUAAUUCAUUCGAGUAGUUGUUGCUUAAAAAUGUCAUUGUUUUCCCCAACAAGAUUUUUUCCAUUUAGGAAAGCAGUCAACCCAACCUCAAACCUUCAAAUGUGAGAACUUUAAGAAAAGCCUCAUGGUGUCAUGAAGCUGGCUCAGAAGAUUCUGCAAAGCUUCAGCAGGAAUACUAUUAAAGGUUUUUAUUUGUACUUCUCUUGGUCACUUAAUACUUCCAUAUGCAUAAUUUCCCAGUGAUAAUGUUUCUAAAACAGGAGAUAAUAGUUAAAAAAAAUCAAUCAAUAAAUAAAAUAAAUAAAUAUUUGUGAGCUGGUGUGUCCAAACAUUUGACUGGAAGUGUGCUUUUUGUGAUCCAGUAUUGAGAAUUUAUCUCUUCUUAAAAAGAACUAUAUCCCUAUUUCCCAACUUUAUGUAUUAUAAGCAACUUUUUUGGUCCGUUGUAUUUCUUUUUUAUCUUCACUUUUUUUUCAUUAUUAUUAUUUAACCUUAGAUUUUUACAGGAUUUGAAACAUACAUAUAUUAGCAUCAGUAAUGGUAAAACAUGCUUGCAAAAUAUCAAUAAACAAAGUACAUUCAA